UAUCCCCGCCCCUUUGGCUACAUUGUAGCCAGGCGAGCGAGCGAGCGAAGACAGGCGCGAUGGCCUCGGAGGUGCCCCGCCUGGCCCGGCAGCUCUUCCUGCGCGGCUUAGCCGCCGCCUUCCUGGCCGCCUUCGCCUCGCUUUACGUCCAGCUGCCCGGUCUCUACGGGAAAGAUGGGAUCCUGCCCGCCCGGAAGAUGCUUCGCUUCACGGGCAAAAGUUUCUGGCAGCAGCUGCGGGACUCCCCGACUCUGCUGUGGCUGGGACCCCACUUGGGGCUGGACACGGAGCAGGGCCUGGAGCUGCUGUGCCUGAUGGGCACGCUGCUCUCCUUCGGGGCCCUGGUGCUGGAGCCCCUGCGGGACAGCCUGGUCUUCCUUGCCCUCUGGGGCUUUUACCUCUCCGUCUACCAGGUGGGACAAGUCUUCCUCUACUUCCAAUGGGACAGCCUCUUGCUGGAGACGGGCUUCCUGGCCGUGCUGGUGGCCCCCCUGCACCUGCUCAAGUGGCGCUCCACGAUCUGGAGGGCACACGACGGGGUCACCUUCUGGCUGGUGCGCUGGUUGCUCUUCCGCUUGAUGUUUGCCUCCGGGGUGGUGAAACUGACCAGCCGCUGCCCCACCUGGUGGGGGCUCACAGCGUUGACCUACCACUACGAGACCCAGUGCAUUCCCACGCCCAUUGCCUGGUUUGCCCACCAGAUGCCCUUCUGGCUCCAGAAACUCAGCGUUGUGGCCACCUACGUGAUUGAGAUCGCCAUCCCGCCCCUCUUCUUCGUGCCGAUCCGACGCCUUCGCCUCUUUGCCUUCUACAGCCAGGUCCUUCUGCAAGCCCUGAUCGUUUUCACCGGCAACUACAAUUUUUUCAACCUGCUGACUCUGGUGCUGAGCUUCUCCCUGCUGGACGACGAGCACGUGGGGCUGUGGCUGGGCCACGGGCGGAAGAAAGCGAGUGGCGGCUGGGCCUGGCGAUUGCCCCCCCUGCUGGCAGAGCUGGCUGUCUACGGCCUCCUGAUCUUCUGGACCAGCCGUUACUUCGGGCUGUCCAUCAACUGGGAGAAGAGACUCCUCGAAUCCAAGACAGCGUUCACCUUCCACGAGUUCACACAGUGGCUGAAGAUGGUGACCCUCCCUCUGGUGGGCGUGGGGCUUCUCUCCUUGCUGUGGGAGAUCCUUCAGGCCGGAUACAGGAGUGCCUGCGUCCGGGGAUUUUUCUGGAAACUCUGGGCUGUCGUGCAGUGGGCCGUUUUCGCCACGGCUGCCCUGGGGAUGUUCACGAUCAGCCUGGUCCCCUUCACGUACAUUGAGUACGAGUCCAACGGGAAGCUCUGGCCAGGCAUCCAUCAGGCCUUUGGGGCUGUGGAUCGCUACCAGCUGGCCAAUUCCUACGGGCUCUUCCGGCGAAUGACGGGCGUCGGUGGGCGGCCGGAGGUGGUGCUGGAAGGCAGCCACGACAAGGAAACGUGGACGGAGAUCGAGUUCCUGUACAAGCCGGGCAACGUCAGUGCUCCGCUGCCCAUCGUGGCCCCACACCAGCCCCGCCUGGACUGGCAGAUGUGGUUCGCCGCUCUGGGCCACCACACGCACAGCCCCUGGUUCACCAGCUUCGUCUACCGCCUCCUGCAGGGCAAGAAGGAAGUGAUUCACCUUCUACAGGUAGAUGACUCCAAGUACCCCUUCAGGGACCACCCACCCACCUACAUCCGGGCCCAGCUUUACAAAUACUGGUUCACGGAGGCCGAGACGGACGGGACCCUCCCUAAGAAUUGGUGGCGGCGUCAGCGGAUUGAAGAAUUCUACCCGGUAGUCUUUCUCGGGGACCCGAACCUGGAAGCCCAGCUGGCACAGCACGGGCUCAAGGACAAGCCCCCCGUGAAGCGCCCCCCGGAUGCCCUCCUGCCCAGCCUGCUGCAGCGAGUUCGAGUCCACCUCCACCCGUACACCGGCCCGGCCGUCAUCUGGUCCCUCUACCUGACCGCAGCGGCCGUGGGCAUCCUGCGAGGACUGGGGGCCCGUCUGCCGGCCGGAGGGGUCUCCACCGGAGGCAAGCAGAAGCCAAGUCGGCCGGUUGACGCGGUGGCCGAUCCGGGCGGUGGCGGAGACCAGCCGGGCGGAGAAAAGAACGGGCAAUUGCGCAGGAAGGAGGAGAAGGGCCGGGCGGCUGGCGAGGCCCCCUCCAACGGUCUGCGGCACACGAAGAAGAAGAAAUAAGUUGGGGAGGCAGCAGCACCGGGACCCCCCUCCCAAACCCGGCCUCUGCGAGACCCCAGGCGGGACAUGAGUAGGGCGGGUGAGAGCCUUCGCCCCACCCCCUCCCUUCGGACUUGGUUGCCUUCCCUUCUCCCGUCACACACAAACACACACGCACACCAGCUGUGGGGUGGAAGCCCCUUUGAAUAGCCCCCCCCCGAAGGUCCUCCCUGUCGCAUGGAGGGAGGGGGGCAAGGCCUCUGUACACCCCCCCCUUCCUGGUCGGAUGGAGGGAUGAGGCUGUUUGGGCUGAGCCCCCCCCCCUCUCCCCAGCCUCUUGCUCUUCUCAGCCUCCUGCUCCAUGGCCCCCUCCUCGCUCUGCGACGGCACACGGGGCGGGCGGUUGUCUCUGGUCAGCUGGGAGCAGCCUGGGCCGGUUGCCAAGGAAGGGUCUCCUGUGUUUGGGGACUGAGGGGUGGGGUUUGCGUCCCUUUGGGUUCUUUGGGGGUCCCCAGGGAGCGUUCUGUCCUUCCUGGCAGGGUUGGAUCAUCGGCAGCGGGUGGGUGGGAGGGUGAAGUGAGUCACGGGAGCCCCUCCCCUCCACUACUCCCUUCCUUUUCUCUUCCCUCCCUUCCUCUCUUCCCUCCUCUCUACCUUCCUUCCUUCCUUCCCCAUCCCUCCUGCCAUUCUUUCCGUCCCUUUCCCUUCUCUCCUCCUUUCUUCCCUCCCUCCCUCCUUCCUUCCCCUAUCCCCACCCCUCCCCUUGCUCCCUUUCUUCCUUCUCCUUUCCCUUCCUUCCCUCCUUUCUUCCUAUCUUCCUUCCUUCCCCCAUUCCUGCUCCUCCCUCCCUUUCCCUCCUCUUCCUCCCUCCCUCCCUUUCUUCCUUCUCCUUUCCCUUCCUUCCCUCCUUUCUUCCUACCUUCUUUCCUUCCUUCCCCCAUUCCUGCUCCUCCCUCCCUUUCCCUCCUCUUCCUCCCUCCCUCCCCCCCUUCCUUGCCCUCCCCCCUCUCCCCAUGUCCCACCAGGGUCUUGAAUCAGAGGUGGGGAAAAGUGGCUGAGGCUGAAGUUUCAGCUUCGGCUUUAGGGGCUUUAGGGACUCACCUGCCAGCCCAACCUUCCCUCUCCCUCCCCUCCCCUCCCCUGGACCCUCUUAGUGGGGAGGGGGCACGUUUGCUGCUCCCUGCUGCAUCAUUGAGGCUGGGGGCAACAGGCGCCCCACCGGACUCCACACUUUACGCCUUGGGGGGGGGGAGCAGAGUUGGCGUUUCUCACACGCGGGAUUAGACGGCUUCGGUUUUCUAAAUAAACCCUGUACAUUCCA